CUCUGCAGAAAGACCUUAAACAGAAAAAACGCAUUCAUCUUCCUUCCCAUUUCUCCGUCUCUGCUCUGUCUUUUCCUGAUCUUUAAAAUUUUAGUAAAAAAUAUUAGAAUUUAUACACAUAUAUAUACAUAUACAUUUGUAUUUCUAGUUUGUCUUUGUUUAGCAAGUUCUUCAGCCGCCGCGCACUUAGCUCCUCUCUUCUUCUCGGUUAUUUCGGAGGAAAUAUUUUGUUCUUGGUGCAUGACGAGCGCGUCGGAACUUUUUUACAAUCGGAGGUUACGAUUGGGCCGGGAUGACCAGGAUUUAGGAUCUUAUCCUUCUAGUGACCGCAGUUUUCACAAGAAUUACAACCGUCGCCACCAUCGUCAUACUCACCGCAAUGAUUUGGACGGCGGUGACCCCUUCCGGCGCCCGCAAACCGCGAGGCUCAGUCCCCGUGCCUCUCACUACGAGCGUGCAUCAGUUCGGCUUGAUCAAGGCACUAGUCAGUUUACGUCAAGUAACAAUGUCAAUAUAGAAACCUUAAGCAGUAUGAGGAGGCUGAGUUCAAAUGGAAAUGAGAGACUUCCAGGGACAGUGCUACUUGCAAGGGCAAGGCUUCUUGAGAGACUGAGAGGCGUGUCUGCUUCUCAGAACAGCCGGAGCAGCAGAGCUUCAUCAGAAAUUUCCCGAAGGGACUCCCUGAUUGUGGAUGACUUGAGACUUGUUGAUGCAGGGGACUGGGGAACUGAUAAUUCUCUGGGGCAGUCUUCCCCAUUUACUGACUUGAACAUUCAAAUGGAAAGAUCACAGUUAUUGCAACAACAGAAACCACCAGGUCUCAAUCAGGAAGCUCUGGACAAUCUGCAUAUGGAGGUAUACAGUUGCACAGAAACUGAUACUGAAGGAAGAGUAUCAAGUGCAUCAAGUGAUUGCAGCAUAUGUUUAGAGAGUUUCAUGGAGAACGAUGUGCUUGUAAGUCUGCCAUGCGGGCAUCGAUUCCACUCAUCCUGCUUGAACCCUUGGGUUAGAACUCGCGGAGACUGUCCUUAUUGCCGAAGAUCCAUACUCCUUGGUAAGGAGAGCCACACUUGUGAAAUCAACACAAUCUCUUCUUAACUGAAUAUCAUCCUUAUCUUUUUGUUGUAGCAUAAACUUACUGUACCCUUUAAGAUGUCUCAGAAAUGCUUUGUACUCGUCCGAUAUUUUGUCUCUACCCCGAUAUUACACCAUGCUGACUUU